AAAUCACUAAAUUUUAUUUAAAAGGAGAGAUUUAACAAAUCGUAUGCGGUCAUGUUAUUGGGAAAACCAGGUGCGGGCUCACAAGUCACAAGUCACAAGUCACAAUUCACAUUCACAUGUGACUCUGAGUUCCAACGCGUUGAAAAGUCAUUGCGCCCUCCCUAUCUACAGCACAGCACAGCACCGCGGCUGCCACACAAUCAAAAUGAAUGAAUGAGUGAACCCAAUCGCCAAUUUAUGUCUAAAUUUUUCACCAAAACUGUUCAUAACUCAUGGCUCAUGCCACCAAAAUGUGCCUAUUGAGUUUUCGUUUGAUGCCAAAUUGCAAAUUUCACGUCCUUCAAAGCCCUUUCCCAUUAUGUUUACUUCUAUCUCCUCAAUCCCCUUUUAUUUUUUGUCAAUAACGAGGUCUCCUACCACAGACGAGUCUAAUUGGAUCCCCUUGGCACGGCACGGCACCAAACUCCGCUUAUGUCAACAGUGUCCUUCAUUGACGUAGGAUACAAAUCGUGAAUAUGCACUCAACUGACAAGGGCCGAAUCCCAAACAUACCUCUCUUUAAAGGCUAUCUAGCUUCCAUCCUUACCACCUGAGCUUGUGCCUGAGAGCCCCCUCAAUCCCUUUUUUGUCAUCAGUCGUGGUGUUUUAAUUUUGAAUUUUUUAUAUAAAUAUAACAAAAAUUUUGUUUUUAAGUCUUUAUAAUAAUUUUUUUUAAAUAAAAAGGAUUGGGUACUUUAUGCUGAAUUUCCUUGAACUCUACAAUUACAACUUUUGAACUUUAGGCAAUUUGAAAUUUAAAUUUUUAAUUUCAAAUAUGAUGAGUUCAUUAGAUGGAAGCUUGAACUAAUUUGAUCUAAGAUUUAAGAUUUAAGCUUUAAACACGGAAGAAUAAUUGAAAAUAAUUUUCAAAUUUUUAUGUGUAUGUUUAAAAUUUAAAAAUAUGAUGACAGUUGUGAUUAUUGAUAAAUUAAGAUUUUAAUUUUGAGUUUUUAAAAUUUUAUGCAUAUAUUAGAAUUUUCAAGGAAAAAAAAACAACCAAGAUAUUACAACUUGUUAUCAAUUCGGUAAAGUUCAUCUUGCAACUUAUCAUUUAGUCUCUAGGAAAGAGAACAAAAUGUCACUCACUAUGCAUUCAGUUCUGAUUUUAUAUUAGUUAAUAAGAUUUUCCCACUUCUCCCAACUCCCAAAAAAAUUAAAUAAUAAUAAAUUUCAAAAAUUUUUGUUUCUUCAAAUUUACUAAAAUACACAAUCUUAAGACAAUUUUUUGAGAGUUAUAAAUAUUCUGAAAAUCAAAUAUUAGGAAAAUUAGUUGAAUAUUUGGAAGUUUAUGUGAUUUAUGAAAAUUUUGAAAUUAUCACUUGUGUUUUUCUUUUGUUUUAAUAAUAAUAAUAAUAUUUAUAAAAAAAAAAAAAAAUCUGAGUCAACUCAGUAGCUGAAGUCAAUACAUUCUGGGUCCCAUGGAAGAGCUUUUAAAUACCUGCCUUCUCUCACUGCAAGGGCUCAGACGGCUUAUCUUGAUGCUUGGUGUAUAUCCCUCACCUUCCCCCUUCAUAUUCCAAAUUUGCAGGACUGGACCCAAGCAUAUUCCAGUUUGAAGGAAGACGAAGGGUCUGAGACGGCCAGAGAGAGCUUGUGGGAAAAGAGAGGAUCCAACAAUGGCCAAGCAGGAACCACUGCAAGUGCUCAACGCACUUGAUGUCGCCAAAACCCAAUGGUACCAUUUCACGGCCAUCGUAAUCGCCGGUAUGGGCUUCUUCACCGACGCCUACGAUCUCUUCUGCAUCUCCCUCGUCACCAAACUGCUCGGCCGCAUCUACUACCACGACACCAGCGACCCCAAGCCUGGCACUCUGCCCCCCAAUGUUGCCGCCGCCGUCAACGGCGUCGCCUUCUGCGGCACCCUCGCCGGCCAGCUUUUCUUCGGUUGGCUCGGCGACAAGAUGGGAAGGAAAAAGGUUUACGGCAUGACCCUCAUGCUCAUGGUGAUCUGCUCAAUCGCCUCCGGCCUCUCCUUCGGCCACGAUGCCAAAGGCGUCAUGACCACCCUCUGUUUCUUCCGCUUCUGGCUCGGUUUUGGCAUCGGCGGGGACUACCCCCUCUCCGCCACCAUCAUGUCGGAGUACGCCAACAAGAAGACUCGCGGAGCCUUCAUUGCUGCCGUGUUCGCGAUGCAGGGGUUUGGGAUUUUGACUGGCGGUAUGGUCGGAAUCAUACUCUCGGCGGCGUUUAAGGCGAGGUACCCUGCUCCGGCUUACCAAACCAACGCCCUCGCCUCCACUGUCCCGCAGGCCGAUUACAUCUGGCGGAUAAUUCUGAUGUUCGGCGCCGUGCCGGCGUUGCUAACUUACUACUGGCGGAUGAAGAUGCCGGAAACCGCCCGGUACACGGCAUUGGUCGCCAAGAACGCGAAACAAGCCGCGGCGGAUAUGUCGAAGGUUUUGCAGGUGGAGCUCGAAGCAGAGCAGGGGAAGAUCGAGCAGAUCACUGAAGAAAACGGGAGAGAUUUCGGUUUGUUCUCGAGAGAGUUCUUAAUUCGGCACGGGCUUCACUUGCUGGGAACCACCAGUACAUGGUUCUUGCUGGACAUCGCCUUCUACAGCCAGAAUCUAUUCCAGAAGGACAUAUUCAGCGCGAUUGGAUGGAUUCCGGAGGCAAAAAGCAUGAACGCCAUCGAAGAGGUUUUCCGAAUCGCGAGGGCCCAAACCCUAAUUGCUCUUUGCAGCACCGUUCCUGGGUAUUGGUUCACCGUCGCCUUCAUCGACAGAAUCGGAAGAUUUGCGAUUCAAUUGAUGGGCUUCUUCUUCAUGACCGUGUUCAUGUUCGCCUUGGCCAUCCCCUACCAUCACUGGACCUUGAAAGAACACCGAAUCGGAUUCGUGGUGAUUUACUCGCUCACUUUCUUCUUCGCAAAUUUCGGCCCCAAUGCUACAACCUUCGUCGUGCCGGCAGAGAUCUUCCCGGCGAGGCUACGAUCAACGUGCCACGGGAUUUCCGCGGCGGCCGGAAAAGCAGGAGCAAUCGUGGGGGCUUUCGGGUUCCUGUACGCCGCUCAGGACAAGGACAAAACAAAAACGGACAAAGGGUAUCCGCCGGGAAUCGGGGUGAGGAACGCGCUUAUUGUUCUGGGCGUGGUGAAUUUCUUGGGGAUUCUAUUCACUUUCUUGGUGCCGGAAUCUAAAGGUAAAUCGCUGGAGGAUUGUUCCGGCGAGAACGAGGAAGAAAAAGAAACCUCAAGGACUGUUCCAGUUUAAGCAAUUAGGUAUAAUUCAGGUACAAAUCUUGAAGCAGGAGGGCUGAACACAUCCAUGGCUUUAAGAUGAAAUAAGCUCUUUCUCAGCGUGACUGCUGCUUUGUUUAUACAGUCUGUUUUGUUUUCGGUGUAGUAGGAUUAGCUAUUGUCGUCAUUAAACCCUAAAUAUUGGCAGUGCAAGUAAAGAAAAUCUUAUAUAGUAAUUAUUUUCUGGUA